ACAGUUGAAGUUAAUAACACAAUUGCGAAGGUUUGUUAGUCGCAAUCGUGCACACGGUCCAUGCGAAAGUGUAAAAGUCACAAAUUGCAGCUAAUUAGUGGCCAAAUAAAUAAACGUGCAUGCGUAUGAGACGUCGUUCAGUUCGCUUAUAUAAAAACGUGCCAAAUCUAUUGAUAAUUAAACGCAGGACGAGAGGAAAAGUGUAGAAUUUUGCACAUUCAAAAAAAUUAAAUUUAAUUAAUUUGCAAAAUUUUUUAAAAGAUUUUUUUUUUUUGCAAAUUCAAGUGACAAUUUAUGCGCAUGCGAAUAUACUGUGUACAAAAUCAUUGGUAAUAAUUAGUGUUAUGAAAUUAAAUAUGAUAAAUCUCAAUAAAUAUUUUUGCAAAAAUUAAAAUUUAUAUUAUUAAAACAAAAAAAUUAAAAUCAAACGAAGUACGUUGAAAAACGACGCAAACCAUUUUAUUUUUCAUUAUAAAACAAUAACAACAGCAUUUUAUAUUGAAAAAAACAUGUUUGAACCCGCUCUCAUGUCAUAUUCCGAUUAUAAUAUUGAGCAACGCCUGCAACUGCCCAACACUAACAACAAGUGUUGUAAAAUUUGCAAAAAACUAACGGAGCGUAAGAAGCGCAGUCGCGUGACUAACCAGAUCAUGUCCAACAAUAAGAACAGCAACAUCACCCAACAACCGCUUGUCGCACCCCCAGCACCCGGUGCUUGUCAUAUAAGGCUAUUAAAUACCGCAACUGAGCUACCAGAUUCCGCCGGCGCUCAGGUCAAGAGCGCCUACAAAGCAGAUCAUAUUGCACCAACUGUUGAUGUUGCCGGCAUUGUGCAAAGCCGCCGCCUAACAAUGCGUCGCCUAUGCGCUGUGCUACUGAUCUGCACGCUCUUCAGCGCUGCAGAGGGCUGUGGUCCGGGUCGGGGUUUUGGUGGGCCGCGUAAGUAUCGCAAACUGACGCCGCUAGUUUUUAAACAGCACGUGCCGAAUAUGUCCGAACGCACGUUGGGCGCUUCCGGUCUCAACGAGGGCGCCAUUAAGAGAAAUUCGCCGAAAUUUAAAGACUUAGUGAUGAACUAUAAUAGUGAUAUUAUAUUUAAGGAUAAUGAAGGGUAUGGCGCAGAUCGCCUGAUGUCAAGGCGCUGCAAAGAGAAACUAACUUUACUCGCAGUUUCUGUGAUGAAUCAAUGGCGGGACGUGCGUUUGCGCGUCAUCGAAAGUUGGGAUGAGGAUAAUGAACACCACGCCGACUCCUUACAUUACGAGGGGCGUGCAGUCGAUAUAACGACAUCCGAUCGUGAUACUAGUAAAUAUGGCAUGUUGGCACGUUUAGCUGUCGAAGCCGGUUUCGAUUGGGUCUAUUAUGAGAGUCGGGCGCACAUACAUUGCUCUGUAAAAUCAGAUUCACAACAGCUACCACACAUGAGCGGUUGUUUUGCGGCCGACAGCAGCGUACUACUCGAGAACGGACAACGCAAAACGUUGCGCAAUUUGAAUAUUGGCGAUCGUGUGCUCACCAUGGAUGCUGCCGGCCAACCCGUCUACAGCGAAGUAAUACUCUUCAUGGAUCGCAAUUUGGAGCAAGUGGAGAAUUUUGUGCAGAUUCACACAGAUGGUGGCGCCACAUUGACUGUGACGCCGGCGCAUUUAGUAUUAAUUUGGCAUCCGACCGAACAGCGACUGGAAUACAUGUUCGCCGAUCGUGUGCAGGAGAAUGAUUAUGUGCUGGUGCACGAUCAGUAUGACCGUUUGAGUCCGCAACGUGUACAACGUUUGAAGGUGGCGCAUCGGCCGGGUGUGGUGGCGCCACUAACACGCACCGGUACAAUUGUCGUCGACUCGGUGACGGCUUCCUGCUACGCUGUGGUGAACAGUCAAAAGCUGGCACAUUGGGGAUUAGCGCCUAUGCGUCUGUUGGCGACUAUGCGUUCGUGGCUGCCCGGCAGUAAUGCUGUGACGUCGGAGCAAGCGAAAAGUGACGGUGGCAAUUCGACGAUGUCUGCGACAACGCGAACGAAGGGCAUACAUUGGUAUGCGCGAUUCUUGUAUGCCCUCAAGAAUAUCGUGCUGCCGCAGGAGUGGCGUUACCAGUGACCUGUCGGACGCGUGGCUUAAGCUGUUGGCUAUACGUAGGAUGUGAUGGAAAGGUUUCAGUGGCAUUUUAGCCUAACGGCUGCUUCGCCUAUUCGCGAAGUGUCGUUUUUAGGCACAAUCUGUCAUCAACAUUAAGUUAAAAAUGAGUACUUAGUAUGGGAUUUAAGUAUUUUAUUGAAAAAUUUGUUGACCAUGCAUGCUUAUUAAAGUAGUUUAUUAAUUAAUUAGUACAUAAGUAGGAAAUCUUUGAAUUAUUUUAUUUAAACUCUAAUUAAUUAAUGUAUGAAAAGUCAGUGUUAUUGUCAUGGAAGAAAUAUUUAGUUUUUAAUUGAAAAUUAAACUAACUAUAUACUGGUAUUUAACUUAUUCGUGUAUGUAUGUAUGUGUGUGUGUGUAUAUGUAAAUAGCUAUAUAUAAGUUUAGUAUUAAGCAGCCUGAGGAGCAAGAUUCCAAUGUUAUUGAAUAAAAGUAUAAUAUAAUUUAACAAUUUCAAUAAAAAGAAUAUUUUUUUUAAUAAAAAAUGUGAAUCACCAUAUAUUAUAUUUGUAAAGUUAAAAUAUUUAUUGUACGCACUACGCUUGUAAAAUUUGGAAAUUUAAUAUUUGUAUAUACUUUUCGUGUGUUAAAUGCGACAAAAAUUGCAUGCCCAUAAAGGGUGGUACAUUUGUUUUCUUUUAUUUUCUGAAAGAACGAACUUUUCUAACGCACCAGUUGUAGUAUAAAAUACUCAGUUUUCUUUGCACCUAUAAGUUACUACAAACUUGAAAAAUAAAAGCAUUAAAGUUUACUAGGAGCCGCAUUAUGACAAAUGCUUAGGAACUGACUUUUGUUUAAUAUAAUUUAUUUGUAAAAUUAUGAGAAAAUUCUUUAUUAAUUUAAAUAAUAAUAAUUAUAUUUUAUUUUUAUUGUAUAUAUAUGUAUAACAAUGAAGUAAUUUUUUAAAUAAUAUGUAUUAAAUUUAUUUAUAUUAUAUCUGUAUGUAUAUUUUGACUAUAUUCUGAUUAUAAUUUAUAUAUAAAUAAAAUAUUUAUAAAUAUAAAAAAUACAAUCAAAAUAAAAACCAAAAAACUAAAA